AUGGAGACCAACAACAAUAACAAAAAUGCUAGGAAACUCAAAUCCUAUGUAGUGGAGACUAUGAAGACAGCCAAGAAAGUCGGGAAAGACGACGUUAGACGAGUCGUGCAUGGCGCGAAAGUCGGGCUGGGCCUCACGAUCGUGUCCAUGCUGUACUAUUUUCGGCCGCUUUACGAAGGGUUCGGGCAGGCCGGGAUGUGGGCCAUACUAACGGUCGUCGUUGUUUUCGAAUUCACAGUUGGUGGGACUCUAUCAAAAAGCUUGAACAGAGGUUUUGCAACGCUGGUGGCCGGUGCAUUAGGGCUUGGAGCUGAAUAUUUAGCUGAUCUAUGUGGACAAAAAGGAGAACCUAUUGUUCUAGGGAUUCUGGUCUUUUUAUUAGCUGCAAUAUCGACAUUUACGAGGUUUUUCCCUAACGUGAAGAGGAGGUACGAUUAUGGAGUGGUCGUAUUCAUACUCACCUUCACAAUGGUGGCAGUCUCGGGUUUUCGAGUCGACCAAAUCCUGCAGCUGGCCCACCAGAGGCUCUCGACUAUCGUCAUUGGCGGGUCGACUUGCAUGGUCAUAUCCAUAUUCGUUUACCCGGUUUGGGCGGGUCAGGAUUUGCAUAAUCUGGUGGCUGACAAUAUUGAAAAACUUGCUAUUUUCUUAGAAGGUUUUGGGGGUGAACUUUUACUUUGCCAAGGGAAUGAAAGUAGCAAGUCAUUUUCCAAGGAAAAUGACAAGUCAUUUUUGCAGAGCUAUAAAAGCGUGAUUAAUUCCAAGGCCAACGAGGAAUCUUUGGCAAAUUUUGCUUGGUGGGAGCCACCUCAUGGUAAAUUUAAAUUUGGUCAUCCAUGGAAACAAUAUUUGAAGAUUGGGGCUCUUGUUUGGGAGUGUGCAUGCUUAAUUGAGGCACUCAAUAGUUGUAUAAACUCAAAAUCUCAGUCGCAGGUAGCUUCAUCGGAGAUCCAAACAAGAAUCCAAAAACUGAUCGCCGCCAUCAGCGCGGAGGCCGGCAAGGCCCUACGACAUCUCUCCACCGCCAUGAAGAACUCCACGCUCCCUCAACGCGCCGCCGUCGAAGCCCACUCGCGGAACUACCGAGCGGCAUCCCACGACCUCACGACAGCCCUGGAGGAUGCGCCCCCACCGUCCGAUUGGAAACCCGGCGGCCGUCUCCGCCAGAUCAUGCCGCUUCUCGUAAUAGCGUCCGUUUUAAUUGACGUCACGGUUAUCGUCGAUGAGCUAUCGGUCUCGGUUCACGAAUUUUCCGAGAAGGCGUGUUUCGGAGAUCCGCCUGAAAAUCUGCCGGUGCUCCACCGUGGGAUUGUGAAUCCGGUAGACGAUGAUUAUGUGGCGGUGGAUGUUAGGGAUGAAGCCGGCGGCCGGGUGUCGCUGGAAAAGAGGGGUGCGACUCUUUAA